AGCCUUUACGCUGCACAACAGCAAGAGGGGUAACAGCAGCUGUUACUUAAAACACUGCCUCUUCAUGUCCUGCUCUGCAUUUGGACAAUUGUAGACCAGAUUUUUUGUGGGGGCUCGUUAGAGGGCGGGCGAGCAUCUGGACUGGAACUCGGAGAGACAACAAGACUCACCUGAACACAGUACUGGAUAUUCUUCCUGUUCAUUCUAACGUAACAAAAACUAGUUCCUAUCACCACUUCACUCACCAGCUGGGCACAUCAGACGCAGGCUCCGAUUUCUACACUGUGAAAUUGAAUCAGAGGAACAGAGAGGCAAUACAGCAGAGGCUUUGUGUCCCUGCAAUUGAAACACUAACCAGCAGAAAAUAUCAAAGAGCGCCCUGGACAAAGCGCUCCUCUCAGAUCUGCAGUUGAAGUAGAAAGUGAUCAACAGUGAGAGGAGAAGAACGCAAAGGGGUACUCUACAAGGAUUGUGUGCAGGUGCCGGGGCUGUCAUGGUGCGUGGAGGUGGCGUGGCAGCGGCUCCGUCCUGCUGGGCCCUUUGGGCAUUUGGCGCCCUGUCGCUGGUGGCCCUGUGCCUGUCGGACCAGGCCAUCCGCUGCCCGCUGUGCACCGAGGAGCGGCUGGCCACCUGCCGCCUGCCAGACGGCUGCGAGGAGACGGUGCGGGAGCCCGGCUGCGGCUGCUGCCCCACCUGCGCCCUGGCAAAAGGGGCCCACUGUGGCGUCUACUCUCCCCGGUGUGCCACAGGCCUCCGCUGCUACCCGCCGAGAGGCGUGGAGAGGCCGCUGCACUCGCUGAUGCACGGCCAGGGGGUGUGCACUGACGAGAGGGAGCUGGAGGACAACUCAGCAAUGGAGAGGCAGGAUGAGAUCAUCCCUGAACACCCGAACAACAGCAACAUCCGCUGCAGUCCGCAGGACAAGCGCUGCAUACAGAAGACCCUUGCCCGACACCCUCCCAAAUCGAAUCAGAGAAAUAACAACGCCCGGGAGGAGGCCAAGGCGGCACUGGCCCCAUGUCGUGCUGAGCUACAGAGAGCGUUGGACAGAUUGGCGUCAAAUAGCCGCACACAUGACGAUCUCUUCACAAUCCCAAUACCCAACUGUGACAAGAACGGAGAUUUCCACACUAAACAGUGUCAUCCCGCUCGUGAUGGCCUGCGGGGAAAGUGCUGGUGUGUGGAUCAGAAGACAGGCAUGAGGCUGCCGGGCCCACUGGAGCCACGAGGGGAUCUGGACUGCCACCAGUUAAUGACUGCUACCCUGAGGGAUUGAGGAGUGGAUGGGCUUUGGGGGGCGGGGCGGGGGGGGGUGAACCAGCUGGAUUCUACUGGUGCUUAUUAGUAGAACUAUGCGAGGACAGGACUUUGCUUUAAAGCCUCGCUUCACCUGAGGCUGGUACUUGAGCCUGCGCAACAAAGAGGAAACCAUUGAUUUGUUUAGCUAUUUUGUUUUCUGUGUGAGAGUAUGUGAUCACAGAUGUUUGGAGCACUUGUUGUGUAUUGUUUCUAUGUGAACUUUAAGACCGAUAGUCUUUAGACACAUGCGCUUUAAAGCCACAGGUGGAAAAAAAACCUUCAACCAAUACCAGUUGUAAUUGUGAUCUUUGUUAGAGAGCAAAAUGUGUUGUUGUCUAGUCUAGCUUCAGUAGAUGAUAUUUCAAAAAUUAAGAAGAUGCAUUAACCUUACCAGAUAAUCAGACCUGAAAUACAACAGGAGCUGUUAGCACUAGAUCGGCUGGAAUAACUGCAUCAGGACAAUCCAGAAAGAUGAAAGGAUUGUGUUCUUUUUCCACAGUUUGUGUAAUAGGUUGUAACGUCUUAUUGUACUGUCCUAUAUGUCAGAACACCCCCCCCCCCCCAUCUGCUGACUAGGUAAUAACUAAGCACAAAAUGUGUUUGCAAACACAAAGAUUAGUUCAGUGACAACACAAGAGCAAUAAAAUAAGGUAUGAUAACAGAUCAAAUAACAAAGAAGCGGGGGAGGGGGGAGGCAAAGGAAUGCAAUGAUCCCCUGCCUUGAGUUACCAAAUGAUAAGCCAUAGCUUUUCACAACAUCAAACCAAAGUGAAAAGUGAGAUAAAGAGAUUACUUUCAACAACUGUAUCUCUGACAAGCCAGAGUAGAUUCCCGCCCCGUGGUUAGCUCUUCUCACUCUGACUCAUGGGGGUGUGGAGGGACUGGCAGCGCAGCAGGCACACACCCUGUACACUGCUGAUAGGCUAAUCUUGUUUCUCCAGCUGGUUUUAACACCCAGUGUGACUUUGAUGUUUGUAUGAAUAUGCUUCAACAUAAAUGAUUCCUCUCGAAACAGACUGCCUGGCAGAACUUUCAUGGUGCUAUAUACUGAUUGUGCCAAAAAACAAACAAAACGGCUUCUGCACUUUUUGGGGUAUUGCUGAAGAAUGGAACAGAAGACGGAGCAUUUAGCAUCAGCAAGUGUGAGGAUCACCCCAAAUGUAUGACUAUCUGCACUAGCUACUGGCCAGGUCUGCUUUCAAAGUGUUUUUUCAAAGUUAUUGUUGAAAUUUAAAGGUAACCUGACAAUAGAGUGGAGCAGGAAUGAGUCUUGAACCCGGAAAUCAGUUAGCAUUAUAGCACUUCUGGGUUCCCUUGUCUCAAAGUCAAUGUACUUUUUGUUAUUGUUUAGGUCUGUGAUUAACUCAAGCUUAAGCUAUAUUCAAGUUUUGUUCUGCAAUAUAAAAUAUGUCAGUAAACACCGCAAUGGUGAAUGUCUGAAGCUCUUAUGUGUCUUAAAAACUGCAUUUGCUACCAUGUGGCUAAAUGAGAGUCAGCCUUUAGCUUAGUGGGGUGAUGCUCAGUCAUGUGAUCGAGACUUGGUUUGUUUAGAGCCUCAUGUUAGCGAUUUGCUUCUGGCAAAUGCAUUUUCUCUUCAACAAGUAAAAUGUGUUGUCAAUAUGUCAGAAUUAUACUGCUGAACAAAAUGUGUAUCAUACAAAAUUCAAUGGAAAAAUGCCAAUAUCCCAAAAUGUUAGUUUAGGUAGCCCUUGUAAUGCUAAGUUCUGGGUCGGCCUACAAAACUACUUCCCUUCACUGUACCACUCUAUAGCACUGCACUAACACUUCAGAUAGCUGGCCUGUUUCAUUGGCAAAAGUUGUACAUUGCAGGUGUGAUGAGUGUUUGAUAUACAAGCAGAGCAUAAUAAGCAUUAACGAAUAAGCUCCUGGCAGCAUAACAACUACAAGUCAACACGAAGCUUGGAACGGAGGUUGAGUUGCAGUAAAGAUAGCAUAGUGAUUAUGUGGAAACAUGACAACCCUAGUUCUCAUUUCGUCUGCCUAAUAUUAAAAGGGGUUAAUUACCAGUACAAAUAUCAUAGCUUGUUAUCAAGAUGCUGUAGGUGAGGAUUAGUAAUAUUCUUAUAAAAGUGUGUUGUACUGGUGGCAGAAUAGCAGGCUUAAGCUAAUGCUGGUGUUUAUCACAGCCAGAUAUGGACAGCCUGCUCUGCUCCUUUGGACACUUUGGUUUUUAUCAACUCGAGCACAAAUGUAUCUUGUGUCAUUAUUAUAAGAACAGCAUAAAUGUCAACCUAACACAUCAUUUGCAGGGCAGUUAUAACAGACAUGUCAAAUAUCCUAUUAAAAGAAACAGAUUAAAGCUAUUGUCACUGAAUGGAUUUCUUGUUAUUUCUAUGUCUUCAGAUUCUUACUUUUGAGAUGGCAUAUCAAGGCUAAUGUAAAAACAAAUUAUAAUGUGCAGGAACGGGGAAUAUUCUGAGAAAUAACCUUAUUGCGCAAAUGUACAAUAAACAAACUAAGAUGUUUUCGGAGAAUUUAAGUGGUAUCCUUAAUCUGUAAUCUGUCUGCUUGUUGUGGUAUGACUUUAUCCAAAUCAAUUUGUUGUUUUCUUUUGAAUAGUCCCAAUUUAUGGCAAUGUCUAUUUAAAGUCUGAAUGCCCAUGAUAAUGUGAAUCUAGGCUAAAGUGUGUUUUUUUACUGCUGAAUUAGACUGCAAAAUAUAAUUUGAUUAAGUUAUCUACUGCAGGUAAAUAUACGCCAAGGGGUGGAGUCAGUGGUGUGAUGAGGUCUAUCCAACCCAGCAGAAAAAGAAUGUUGUUCCUUAUUUGUCUUUGAAAUGUCAGAGAAUAUUCAAUUUCUAGUUUCUAGUAAAUUUCCAUCGUAAUCUCAGAUUUUUUUCUCAAAAUAUAACCCACAUUUUUAGAUCUGUUUAGCUUUGAAUGAGACUAUUUGAGCACAAAACACUGAAGGGAGGAUCAUCCAGCUGCAAACAGAUAUAAAAGAAGUGCCAUGGAAACUUUUAUUGUUAUCUUUAUAAAUGCAGUUUUGCACAUUUUUCAUUAUUGAAUUUGGUCUUUUUUUCUUUUUCUCAAAUGCAGUAGAAGUGAAUAAAUAAAUUGGGGACAGUUUAUAUCAAACAAGACAACAAAAGUUCCCCCUCGUCAUCUCAGCAUUUCUGUGAAUAUCUCCAGUGCAUCCUUAAAAACACUCAAUCCCAAUAUAAAGCAGAGAAAAUUAUUAUGAAGUUUUAAAUAGCUUUAUAUUUUUUAAGGUAAAUCAUAAUAACCCAUUCAAAUAAAAAAAAACAUAAGUAAUUUAUUUUCUUGUCUCUGUCUUGGCCUAGUUAUUUUGUUACAUUUAACAUCAGUCAGAAUUUUACAUUUUGGUUGCCAGUUACUAAAAACUCCACAUAGUGAGGAAUUGAAUGUGAUGUAAUUUUGAGGAAGUCAAUGGUCAAUUUGCCGGUGUAUUGCCUCCAAAUAACUCCUCACUGUCACUGAACAAGUAACUUAUCCAAAGGUAGUUCAUCAAAACACAGACAGAUAGACAGAAGAUGCUAUGGGUGGAGAGUCAUGCUACAGCUUAACACUGUCAAAAACCAAAUAUCCUGAGAGUCCUUCCAAAGACAAAGUAUCUGGAGACAUCAAUACUCAUUCAGUGAACCGCAUGUACCCAAUGACGUCCCAGCCCAACCGUAUCAUUCAUAACCCCAUGAAGGGUUACUAAACGUGUCUCUGGUCACUGCAAUCUAGCGAGAGACGGCCUUCUAACAACAUAAACGGUGUAUAUAAGAUAUAGUACGAUGCUUGAUCUCUAACUUUGCUGUACUGAACAGUGAUUGCAUUUCUCACCAACAGACUGUUCCUGUUUGCCUUUGAUAUUAUCUAUUAAUGUGUAGAAGAUAUGAAGUAAUGUUUGCAUGCCUACAAAUGGACUGGGGCUGGAAACAGCUAAGGUCUUAUGUAUCUUGUCCAGAGCAGGACCGUUAUACUAAAACACUGAAGCUACCUAAAGACUAAUGAAAUGAUUAUAAUGUAAAUGUUUACCUGAUGAAAUGUACACAUUGUAAUACAUCAAUUAAAACAUUUUAGAAGUUAA